AUGUCAAAGUUACUUUCUGAUAAUAACGCUCAAGAAAUGAGCAUUUCUAUGGUGAACAAGAAUUCUGAUGAUAGCCGGUUGGAAAGUGGACCUCUUGAAGACACCAUGAUAGAGGAUAAUAUAUUGGAUAAAUGCGGUUCAAAGGACAAUGAGCACCUUGAUCUGUUAGAUGAAGCUGAUUCACUUAAAACUAGUGAGAAAGUUAAUGGACAGUCAGGGACACAACAUGGAUCAUUAGAACUAGUGGAAAGCGAACAUCAAGAAAAACAACCACUUCAAAAUGAUUUUAAAGGUGAUAUAUCUGAACAGAUAGAAGCAACGUCAAUAAAUGAAGAACAAGCUAACACUGAUAUAGGCACAGAGCCAUCAGAGAAAGCUAUGCAUGUGUCAGAUAAUAAUGAUACCGAACUCUUGCCAGAAGAAAAUGAAUUAGGUACGAUCGACGGAUCUUAUCCGGAUAAUGAAGAUGCAGUCGUUUUUGAUGAUAAUGGGUUAAACGCUGGUGAUGCAACAAUUUAUGAUAACAAUGGAGAUGGUGUUGUACCCAAUGAUUUGGAGAGUGCAUCAAAUCUUUCUGUUAAGCAGUCUUCUAAAAAAGAGAAUGAUCAUUCAAAUAGCGGGAAAUCUCAUUGUAUCUUGGUAUAUGAAGGCAAAGAAUUUCCAUUGCACGUAAAGUCAAACAUAUGCUUGGGUGAUUGGAUGCAAGAUCUCAAAAAAGAAUAUAUUCAAGAUGAAACACAUGAUCAUGAAGUGGUGUUGACGUUUAAAGAUUCAGCCGUCGAUGACUUUCGAUUAGUUUUGACUCAAAAUUCUUUUAUUUUCAUGCGAGAAUUAAGCAUUUUAUAUUCUACUUCAGAUGUCGAAGGUGAAGAACCUGACAACCUUGAUGUUGAUGAUAAUUAUAAAUUGGAUUAUGAUAAUAUAUUACCAAAAUCCACAACUGAAAUCGCACAAUUAUCUGGGACAGAUAAUGGAGGAAUACAAUAUAUUGAUAGUGAAACCUGGAAAAAUGGAGCUCAAGGAUUCUACGCGGUUCCUCAAAUAUAUCACCAAAUUCAAGCGAAUGAAUUAUAUGUUAAUUCUCAGGGCCCCUACGGAAGUGGUCUAGGGUUAUAUGAUAACAUACCAUUUGAACAAAAUGAUUUAUAUGGCGAUACUUUUAACGAAUUACUAAAUAAUUUCGACAAUCCAGCCGAGAAUUUUGAUGGAUCAUCGAUCUAUUAUAAUCAGACGUUGGAUAAUUAUGGUAUUCCAAAAGAAAGUAUAUAUGAUGAAACGUUAGACACCAAAGAAACUAUAUAUGAUGAUACGUUAGAAAUAAGUAGUUCUCAGAAUAACUCUGAG